AUGUACAGCUUCAUGGGAGGUGGGUUGUUCUGCGCCGGAGUUGGGAACAUACUCCUCAUCGUCUCCACGGCAACGGACUACUGGAUGCAGUACCGUCACUCCAGCAAUUACAUGCACCAGGGCCUGUGGCGGUACUGUGUGCCGGGGAAAUGCAUGACACACACAGACAGCAUUGCGUACUGGGACGCCACCCGGGCCUUCAUGAUUCUCUCCCUGCUGGCUUGCUUCAUCGGCAUCGUGAUCGGGGUCAUGGCCUUCAUCCACUACUCCUCCUUCGACGGGUUUGACAAGACAUUUGCAGCCGGCAUCCUCUUCUUCAUCUCCUGCUUCUUUGUGUUGCUGGCCAUGGCAGUCUACACUGGAGUGACGGUGAACUACUAUGGAAAACGCUAUGGCAGCUGGCGAUUCUCCUGGUCCUAUAUAAUGGGCUGGGUGGCAGUGGUGCUCACCUUCUUCUCAGGUAUCUUCUACAUGUGUGCCUACAGGAUGCAUGAAUGCCCAAGAAACUCUAACUCACGCUGA